CGGUUUCCACCACGUGCAAUGAUGACAGUGGUGUAAUGUAAUUUUAAUUUUGUUAUUGUAAUUAUACAAUUGUAGCAAAGAGUAACCACUUACUCUUGGAUUGUAGUAUUUGUAGUACUUGUAGUUACGUUGUGUAUCAAAGAUUAAUUAAUUAAUCUUUAUCCUUUUUUUCUGUUGAUUAAUCCAUAAUUGAUCUGUUUCGUGCUAAGCCUUAUAACACCGUUAAAAUGAGUGAGAGUGGGCCUCAGCCACUAUACAAGUUCAAGAGCUUCAACGUAUUCAAAACAUCCAUGUUCAAAACACCUUUAGUUCAAGUUGAAGAUGGUCCAGAAUGGUUACAAGUCAAGAAAAUUUUUCCUAUCAUGAACGACGAUUUUUCUCUUGACACUGAACUACAUGAUGAUAUGGUAGAAUUUGAGAAUACAAUAAAACUUAUCAAAGAAACGUGGGAAGUAACUAGCUUCGUACAUCAUUAUUUUAUAUUCAGAUACGAAAGAUUUGUAAGAUCGAAAGUUAUUCCUGAAUUUAUUGAAAAACUCGAAGAUAGAGAAUCCAAUAGAUUCUUUGAAGCGGUUUCCUUUUUGUAUCACCACUAUCAGAGAACUGUUAAGAUGGUGAGAGAUAUAUUCAAACUUGGGGCAAAUAAUGGAAAGCCCAUUAUAUCAUUUAGUGAUAAUCCAGAGGAAGCUGUUAGAACAAAAUUUUCAGGCUCAUUAUAUCGCCUUUUGCAAACAGAACAUGAAGCAGUGAUUAAAGCCUAUUAUAGGUAUGAUCUAUCUUCAUAUGAUAGCAGUAAUAACACUACAUUGAAGUGUCCAAAUUGCGAGGUAGAAAAGUGUCCACGAUGUGGUGAUUGGUUGGAAGAGUGUUCCAGGAAACUCAAAGAAAUGCAUGUUCUACAUAAUAUACUGCAUUCAGUAAUAUUAUCAUUAGUCAGUGAGUAUAUGGAUUCACGCAUUAAGGAGAUUUGUGAAGGAGACCUUAAAGAAUCUUAUAUUGAAAAUCUGGAGAAGUGGCUCAAUGAAAUUAUUCUCAAAUGGCUGUCGAAAACUUGUGCUUUAGAAGAGGGUGUAUCUGCUGAUGAUAAACUGCAAGUUUUUCAUAGAACAAUAUUGAGUGACCACCUAUAUUCUUCGUAUACCAAACACCGAAUUAAUCAACUUUUCAAAAUCAUUAUUGAAUAUCCAGAUUCAUUACCAGUUCUACAAGAUAUAAAGGAAUGGUUGCCAAAAACAAAUUUACGACGUUAUUUCAUCGAUACACUCAAAAGGGAGAUGAAGACUCGUCUGUUGCAUCCAGGCGUUGGUACUUCUGAUAUAUUAACAGCUUAUGUUGCAACCAUAAGAGCUCUCAGAGUACUUGACCCGUCAAGUCAAUUAUUAGACGCAGUUACAGAACCAAUUCAUGAAUAUCUCAGAACUCGCUCGGAUACUGUAAGAUGUGUGGUAACCAGUUUGACAGAAGAAGGACCCAAUGAUCUUGCUGAAGAACUCGUUAGUGGGGAAGUUAUGCAACCAGAAGAAGAAGAUGAAGAUGAUUGGAUGAAUUGGGUACCACCACCUAAAAAUCCUAUUCCAACUGAAUCAAAAACAAAAUCCAAAUCCUCAGACAUCAUAACAAUGCUGAUCAAUGUGUAUGGAAGCAAGGAAUUAUUUGUCAAUGAAUAUAGAACAUUAUUAGCUGACCGAUUAUUGUCCCAACUUUCGUGUGAUACAGAAAAAGAGAUCAGGUAUCUGGAAUUAUUGAAAUUGAGGUUCGGUGAUGCCCAACUGAAUUAUUGUGAAGUGAUGCUGAAAGAUAUUGUAGAUUCGAAGAGAAUCAAUCAGCGUAUCAGGGAAGAUCCAUCUUACAAUCAAGAGGAGAACUUCGUAUCAGCAAUGAUAGUCUCCGCUCAGUUCUGGCCGCCUUUCAAAGACGAUAGAUUGGAACUGCACCCAAGGGUAGUGAUACCGAUGCAGAGAUUCACUGGCAGUUUUGAGGCAUUGAAAGGGAACAGAACUUUGUUGUGGAAGAAUCAUCUUGGGGUUGUGGAUUUGGAGAUAGAGAUUGGAAAUAAAAAGUUGGAAUUGACAGUAUCUCCUUUUAAUGCAAUUGUUUUGUUGUAUUUCGAAGAGAAUAGAGAAUGGUCACUAAAGAAGCUAAGUAAGAAGAUGAUGGUUCCUUAUACUGCACUGAAAAGAAAGAUUACUUAUUGGCAAUCUCAAGGCUUAAUUACAGAGUCUGAAUCUGACCCUGAUGUUUACGUGUUGGAAGAAGAUAAUGUAGAAAGUGGUGAUGUUGAGGCCGAUGUAGAAGAUUAUGAGACUGAAUCUGUGAUGACAAGUACUAAGGAUCAAAGAAAUGAAGAAUUACAGACUUUCUGGUCAUAUAUAGUGGGCAUGCUCACAAACCUGGAGUCACUAUCAUUAGACCGAAUCCAUCAAAUGCUGAAAAUGUUUGUUUUUGAAGGAACAAGCACAGAAUACAGUAUGGAAGAGUUACAGAAUUUCCUUGAUAAAAAGAUAAGGGAGCAUCAACUUAUACUUUCAAAUGGAGUGUAUAAACUACCUAAAUGAAAUGUGAAGUGAUACAACACACUGAGACUGAUUAAAAUGAAUUUUUUUGAUAUU